AUGUUGAGAGAGAAAUACUGGAAGGUAACCAAGUAUGCCAAACCCAUUGAUGAAAAUAUCUACAAGGCUGGAGAUAGUGCCGAGGGUAUUAAAAUCCCAUUGAAGAAGAAGUUGGUGCCUGAUUACAAGUAUGAAGCCAUGUUUUUCAAGUAUCAAAAUCGUGGUUUAUAUGGUGGAUUGGAAAGAAAGCUGUCCAAGACAUGUAGUGAGAGUGGCAACAAGAAUUUAAGGGCUCACAGACCAAACAUUGUUAGAGCUAGCUUAUGGUCAGAAACUUUAGGUAGACUGAUAAAGACUAAAGUUAGUACUAAAGUAUUAAAGACCAUAGAUCGUGAAGGUGGGUUAGAUAACUACUUAACGAAGGAUAAGCCUGCUAGAACAAAGACCAUGGGAUUAAAAGGGUGGAAGUUGAAGUAUGAAAUUUUGAAACAACAAGAAUUAAAUGCCUUACCAAAGGUUGAAAAGGAUGGUGAAUUAAAGCAAGUAUACCAUAUUCAUCCUGAUGGAAAGCAAGUGAUCGUGGGUAGAACUAGAUUGUUGAAAGAGUUGUAUUCUUUUGCAAGUCGAGACACAUACACCCCACUUGCUUGGGAUAAGUUUCUUAGAGAGCACACUGUUUUAACUAUGGAAGAGUUAGUUAAUAGGUUGGAACAUUACAAGUAUGACUUCACUCCAAUUACUGCAUAG